UUGAACCUUGUAAGCUUAUUUUUGGUAGAGGGGUUCUGGUAAUGGGGCAGCUCUCUCUCUUUCUCUCUCUUGGGCCUGAUGAGAGUCAGAACGGAGCUGCUCGAGCUCACAUUGGAUCUGUUGCAGUUCAUCAAGCGAAAUUAGAAUUUAUUUAGACAAAAAUCACAACGAAAACAACCAGGCUUCACGUAUCGGUCGGGAUUACCUUUUUAAGUGUUUCCUCCUCUUCUUUUUCCUGUUUCUGGAGUGUGAGCGAUGGAGAGAUGGAUAAGUUUAGCUGGUUUUGGUCUGUGUGAGGGAGUUUCAUUCGGGCGAUGAGUCCUGUGAAGAGAUUUCAUACAUCUGACUGGAAAAACACGUUUAUUGGCCUCAUCUACACGCAUGAUAUGACUAUAGAAGCUGAUCUCUCUCGCUCACACAGACACACACACGCUGGAGAUGUUGAGGUGUGACAGCAGUGUGUGUUGAUGGCUGGAUGUAGGGGUCCAAUGGUGUGUUGAAGGCGCCAUGGGGAGCUGCUGUAGCUGUCCCGAGAAAGAGAUCAUCCCUGACAACCAUCACAAUAAAUUCAAGGUGAUAAAUGUGGACGAUGAUGGAAAUGAACUGGGGUCGGGCGUGAUGGAGUUAACCGAGGAAGAGCUCAUUCUGCACACGCGCAAACGAGACGCUGUGAAGUGGCCCUACCUCUGCCUUCGUCGCUAUGGCUACGACUCCAACCUCUUCUCUUUUGAGUGUGGCCGGCGCUGCCAAACUGGUCAAGGUAUAUUUGCAUUUAAGUGUGCGCGAGCUGAGGACAUCUUCAACAUGCUGCAGGACAUCAUGCACAACAACAGCAUCAGUGUUGUGGAGGAACCAGUGCAGGAGCCGGAGCUUCCAGUCACACCACACACUCCCACCACUCCUGGUUACUCUGUCCCAACGGUAGCAAACGCAGUCGGACGUUACCCGUCAUUUGGCGACAGUUCCUCACGGCCUUCGAGCCGUCACCCGUCAGUGGGCAGUGCUAGGUUACCAUCAGUCGGGGAGGAGUCAACACACCCGCUACUGCUAAAUGAUGAAAUGGUGCACACUUAUGUCAACACAACAGGUCUGCAAGAUGAGCGGCGCUGUCGCACCAGUGGCCACGCCCCUCUGGAAAUCCAGACGCCUAAUUCAGAGAGCGCGAUUCCAGCAUCGCCCAAUGAGGUCGAACCGCAGGUGGUUUUGGAGCCAGAGAGUGUUACGUUUGUGUUAGGCCCCACCCCUGUACAGCGACAAAUGCUGCUUAAAGAGAGGCCGCGAGAUUUCAGCGAGCAGGACUUAGGUGCGGUCAGUUCUAGUGUAAAACAUGCUGGAAAGACCGUAAAUGGCUGCGCGGGAUCCGGGACAGACUGCGACACCGGUUAUGACAGCGACGAGCGAAAGGAGGCGUCGCACGAGCAAUACAAUGGAGUGGCCCCUCCUAGACGCAACAGACCCCCAGUGCCUCUACCCGACACCCACAACGCCAAUAACUCCGCCCAGAGGCGGACUGCACUGCUCAACUACGAGAACUUGCCAGCAUUGCCUCCCGUGUGGGAGACUCGCAAACCGUACAGCGAGGCAGAGGACGAAGAGGAACUCAAGUCGCCCUCUCUCAACGGAUUUCAUCUGCCACAUUCCUUCGACCCCCAACACAACUACGUCAACACAGAAAACGUCACGGUGCAGUUCAGCGCGCACAACCUCCAAAGUUCCAGCGCUCAACCUACAGUCUUCAACUUUGACCUCCGAAGGCUCGGGGUGGGCGACCCGCUCCGGCAGCUCAACUACAUUGAGUUGGAGAUGGACAAAGUAUCGGACUCCAGUGGGCCUCAAACACCCACCACACCCUUACCACCCACCCCUACGCGGCGGACAGAGCUGUACACGGUUAUAGACAUCGCACGCACGGCCGCUAUGUCCAGCCUGCAGAAAGCACAGCCACGUGACGACGGCACAUCCAGGAAAACUCGACACAACAGCACGGACCUGCCCAUGUGAUUCGACCCGGCACUGAUCACUGCUGCGGUUCUUUUAUGAAUUCAGUAAUAAAGUUGCUUUUGCUUGUCCAAUUGAAGAAAUUGAAGCCUAUUUUAUGACCAUUACAAUUUUUAAUAUUGUGACAUUAUUUUCAUGACAAUUAAGCGCACUUUGCCCCAGGGUCUGGGUAGCUCAGUGAGUAAAGACGCUGAUUACCACACCUGGAGUCACGAAUCCAGUGACUCCAGUUAGGUCUCCUAAGCAACCAAAUUGGCCCGGUUGCUAGGGAGGGUAGAGUCACAUGGGGUAACCUCCUUGUGGUCACUAUAAUGCGGUUCUCGCUCUCGGGUGGGGCGUGUGGUGAGUUGUAUGUGGAUGCCGUGGAGAAUAGCGUGAAGCCUCCAAACAUGCGACGUACGUCUCCAUGGUAACGCACUCAACAAGUCAUGUGAUAAGAUGCGUGGAUUGACGGUCUCAGACGUGGAGGCAACUGAGAUUCGUCCUCCGCCACCUCGAUUGACGUGACUCACUACGCCACCAGGAGGACUUAAGAGCGCAUGGGGAAUUCCAAAUUGGGGAGAAAAGGGGGAAAACACAAAUUUGCCCCCCUAAAUUCCAAUUUUCCAUUAUGCAUUGGGAUAUUUUAGUUUGAGUUUUUUUUUUUCGAUUCCCAUUUUUCUCAAUUGGGAUUUAGAGCAGAUUCUCCUGACUAUAAUACAGUAUUGUGAUAAAUAAUACCAUUGUGAAUAAAUACUUUUAAAAAAUGCCAUUUAAAUAAUAAAACCACCAUCGUAAAUAAAUACUUUUACCCAUCCA